UUAGAAGCUUUCAGCUGUGUUGCUUGAUAAUUUAAUCAGAUUCCGUGUUGCACUAAUGCGUACAAGCUGUGAAGCCGCAUGUGUAGAGUUUAAAAACAGAAAUAACCAACAAUGAAAAGGCUUAAUGUUUAACAACAUUAACACGAAAUAAAUACAUCUUAAACUAAAGAAGAGCUUAUUCAAACGAGCAAUAUGGAAAAACAAACUAGCAUCAAGUUCGUCAUCAAACUUGUUGUAAUCUUCAUGUUGUUAAAUGGCGGGAUUUAUUGUGACACAGAAAUUGAGAGUAAAGGUACUGCUGGAAAAGAUAUUGAUGGCCAGACAUUGAUUGAAAUGGGGAGACGCCUGAACAAACCCAUUCUAACUAUUCUCGGAAUGGCGAUAACAAACCUUCAUCGGUGUUCUGAAUGGACGCAAUGGACUGAAUGUGACGUCACCAGGGAAUAUUAUUUUGGAACGCGAAAUCGUAGUAGAGAAUGCGAGUUGGACAAAGCUUCAAGCGGAAAAGCAAGAAAGGAAGAGACAGAUUUAGGUAUAUGUGAAGGAGGUGUUGAAGGAAAAGGCUUUUGUCGUAAAGAUUAUAAUAUGACAACAAACGGAUUUUGCAUAAAAUUAUAUGUCACACCAAAAUAUCACGAUGAUGCUGAAAUGGUGUGUCAGGAAGAUGGAGGAUUUCUUAUAAAUAUUGACUCGGAUCUGAAGUAUGCAGAUGUGAAAUCUAUUUUGAAUGGAUUUCUUACAAAUGUAAACAUCGGUGGCCGGCGCAAAGAUUCUACUUCACAGUGGGAAUACAAAUAUGGCUCCAGCAGUGGAUAUUUCAAAUGGUUUAGCAGCAGUUACCCUAUGAAAAUCGAUUCUUACUUAUGCCUAGCGAUGCAGAACUACCUCUGGUAUAAUCUGUCGUGUUCAACUAAGUUUCCAUUCCUCUGUGAAAUCCCAGUUUGAAAAGCAAGAAGAGAAGAAAACAUUCUAUAGACCUACUGUUUUUGAAUAUUUUGUUUUAUAACGUGGUGGCUAACUGCCUAAAACUGACACAUUUAAAACUUGCUUAUUUGUUUAUGCGCUGAUUAAUCUAGUGUUCAUAGAAUUAAAUGCAAUAUGCUUUUGUCGCGUUUGUCACGCAGUUAAUAGAACUCUGAACAAAUUAUUUAAAUAUCUAAAUUUUUUGCCAAUAUUUUUGAAAAACUACAGGUACAUGUUUUUUUUUCAAAUCUAGCAUACUUUUAUCUUUUCAAAGAUACUAAAACCUCAAAGUUUCAACAAAAUCGAAUUAUGCCAUCGAAGAAUAAUUUUCCUUUGAUGAGUUCGUCCAAUUAAAAUAGACAAAAAAUCUAUAAAUAUUUUGAAUCUAUAAACAAGAGCACACGUUUUGAAGGGUGUGGACACAAAACACAUUACCUCGUUCCAAUAUCUGAUGAGAACAUUUUUAUGUUUACCUCAGUAAGUGAAAAUUCAUUAUCAGUACCUAUCUUUCCUGUAAAUAUUAGCAUUCGCUCAUUUAAUUAAAAAAAAAAACACU